UGUGAUUAAAGAUAAUGGAGCUUCCUCCCCAAGAAGAAGUACAGGUAUCGCAGAGAAUGUUCGGAUUAUGGUUCGUUAACACUAGACUUAAAAGAUUUAUGAACUACUCAACUGCCUUCAUUCAGGCCAUGAUCCUCAUUGCUUAUUGGAUGAUAGAGCCACUGAGCUUCCUGAUGACAUUCAUCAUCUCAAUGAUGCUCUAUGGCAUCAGAACAUGGUGGAUUUGGUGGUGAGAUCCCACCGAUACUUUCUUCUGGAUCUCAAUCAGGAUCCGGAUCUCCAGCUUCCUCCUCUUCUUUAGCUGAGUAUUGGCAUGGACCAACAUUUUGAUCGUGGAACUCACUGGCGCUCCCCUCCUGUCUUUGUUCAAUGUGUUAGUGACCUACCCUGUGCCUGUGAUCAGCCUCAUUCUGAACCUAGUCAACGUCUUUAGACUUAUGUGCCUUUGGCUGGCUUACACGAGGAUUCAUAAAGCCAUCAGAAGAAGAAUGGAGCAAGAAGACCAAGUGUUCAACAACGUCUUCGCAGUAAGGGAAGGCUACAGAGAGACUCGACAAGAACUCGAAGCUGCUGGAAUUAGCCCUCAAGAGCUUGACGAGAUUCAAAGGAUCGAGAUCAGAAAUGUUCGCAGAGCUCUUGGCCAGUUUGGCCAAAGAGCACUAGAGAACAUCAAUAUGGUCCGCACAAUGCUCAACAUUGAUGGUGACAGAGACCCUGAUGAUACUGAGGAGAACAGGAUCAUCCUGUUCACAAAGAUCACCAGCUUACCCUUCAACAAAGAGAAGCAUGGUGAAUACGAAACCUGAACUAUCUGCUGAGGAGAAUUCGAAGAAGAAAAGUACAUCAAAGUCCUCCCAAAAUGUUCCCACAUAUUCCAUGAAGAAUGCAUCGAAGGCUGGAUUCUCAAAGCCAAGCAUCAGAUGAUAUGCUGCCCUAUUUGUAGAACUAACAUUAAAGAAGAGAUUGACCUUCAAUAUCAAGAAGAAGGCAUUCAAGACAACAGCCUACAGGCUCAAGAAGACUCUAAGAGAUCGGAAGACGAAGAGGCUUUACCAGUUGUACAAGAAGAGAAUCUGCUGGAUUUAACUGAUAAUAAUUCACAAAAUAGUGCUUAAAUCGCCUAAAAAUUCCUGUUAAAAUAUUUAAAAAGCUAGCUUCUUUAAUCUUGGGAAGUGCCUACGAUCGUCCUAGAAUCAGGAAGGAGGCCACGAACAACUCUUCGGACUCAAAAUGUUUAGAUAUAUCUUAUAUCCCUCUUUUGAGGGAUUUUAGCAUGUCCAAGAUGACUUGGCUGAGCCAAAAUAUUCGCUCUCCCUAUGAAGAUAGUCAAUCCAUCGCUAAUGAAGGAUUCGUUAGUGGAGGUUCCUCACCAUGAAUUCUUAGGUGAUGUGUCUAGUUUAAUAAUAAGCCCAAGAAAGGAAGCCACUAUGUGCCUCAUAGAUGUAGUCAGAAAAAGAUAUCUGGCUUUUCGAGAGGAAACUGGAGGGUGAGCUGCUGUUGAUUUGUACAUGCUCACUCUCCAAGUGUCUAUAUUAUUCACUCUCGCAGGAUUGCUAUUCGAAAGGGUUCCAUUGCCACUAAACUCAAUUAU